AUGUGUCAAAGGACCAGGUCGCUGGUGGAGUUGGCGGUGGCGGCCGUGGCGCUCUACACACCCGUUCAGGAGCUUCUUGAGUAUGUGGAGUUGCUGCCUAGCACUAUCCGCCGCCAGUUGUUCCGUGAGUUGUCCAAUUUUCGGCUGCGUGAGAUGGAGAUGGAGUGGGAGACGGCUGCGCAAAACGAACGACCGGAACCACGCGACGGAUACGACCCCCUGGUUGGCGAUAAGUUUCUGUUUGACCUAGAGACUCAACGUGUAUGGGAGCACCGUAUGAAUGCAGUAAGACUAGGCUACGGCCCGAUUCCGAUCGAGAACACGGCUGCUGCUCAGGGACGCAGGCGCAACGCUCGACACGUAUUUUGGGAGCAUCAAUUCCGAUCAUUACUCAAGCUGCGUACGCCGUUGAAGCCUGCGGUGGAUGUACUAACAGAAUAUCAAAAACUUUUCGUGGACGUUGUGGAGGUUCUUAAAGUGCACGGCCGUGAAGUCUGUCAAGAUAAUUUGAAAUUGGUCCUGGCGCUUCAACAACUUCGGAGACUGGAGGUUCAUCAUCCAGAGCAGCAAAAUACCUGCUGGAAGACUAUGGGAACAUUGAUCCAGGAACAUCCGUAUCUAGAGGAAUUGGGCUUCUUUCAUGGCAAGUUAAGUGAUAACCAAAUUGCUCAGGUCCGCAACACUCUAGUGAAGCCAAGCCCGACGUUAGACGAGCAGCUGGAGACCAGUAGAAUCACGACGCUGGAGUUGGUGUCCGUGAAGAUUCGCUCUGAAGGUUUUCGUCAAUUGGUGGGUCUUGUGACUGAUAUGACGCACCUCACCCAGUUGAGAUUGAGCAAUACCAUCACGGAUUUCGACACGAAGCUGCUCGUCGACGCAGCAUUUCGUGCCCCGAUGCUACAGUGUCUCUUCUUGGAGCAUAACGAGUUAGAGGACGACGCAUUCAUAGGGCUUUCCAAACUGCGCAAGUCAUUGGCAUUACGACAUCUUCGUCUCAAUGACAAUGAUGUGUCAUCCGCGACGGUGAGGGCGAUCUGUAGCGCUAGUAUGGAUGGUGUAUUGAAUCUGCAGCGACUUGAACUGGCGAACAACGUGCAGAUCGGCGACCCGGGUAUCCACGCAUUAACGCCAAUGCUGGCUUCUCCAGACACCGAACCAACCACGGUUUUGACGCAUCUAGACGUUCGUGGCUGCAAUUUCGGCCUCGAAGGUGCCACCAAUCUGCUGUUAGCUCUGAGCCAAAACAAGACCGUCAAUCAUUUAAAUAUCGCUCAAAAUUUCCUCGAUGUGGGCUUUGGCGAUGUGCUUGCAGACUUUCUGUUUGCCAACGAAUGUGUCACACAUCUGCAGGCGAAUGGAGUUGGACUGGGACUAGCAGGCGUGUCUGCUCGAUUGUUGACUGCAUUGGAGAGAAACACAACGCUCACUUCCCUCUCGAUGGGAGCCAAUCGGUUGCGAAAUGACGGCGCGACCGCAAUACUCCGAGCACUGGUAAAGCGAGGGCAGACGAAGUCAUUCACACUGGUGGAUUUGAGUGGAAAUCUACUCACAUUGAAAAUUGUUCGCAAGAAUCGGAAGCGCCGCCGUACAGAUACAUCGAGUCCGCGCAACUCGAACAGCAAACACAUCGAAGAGUUGUGUCUGCUGAAUAAUGAUUUUAUGGGGAAAGGCGAGUAUGUGGGUGACAGCUCCACGCUAAUAAAGUCCAUUCGACGCUGCGUGGGUCAUCUCAAGAGUAAUGAGUGGGCAACACAGCACCAAGUCUACGACGAUGAAGUGUAG